GAAGAUUAUACCUACGUUAGCGAUGAGCUUCCUGGCCGGGAGAUUGGCGGCGACGGAGGGCGCCUUCUUCCUCCAGGAAUCCAAGAACGCCGCCGGCCGCCUCGCCCAGAAGCUUCCUCAUCCCUCUUCCUCCGCCGCCGUCGCCUCCUCCGCCUCCGUUGCCGACGCCGCCGACGUUCUCCCGGAGAUCCUCCGCCACUCCCUCCCCCUACAUGGCUCCUCCGCCGCCGCCGCCGCCGCCGCCGCCGACCCCUCCAUCGCCACCGCCUCCAAAUGGCUCCUCCCCCGUACCUCCCCCUCCCCCUCCUCCGGCGCUUCCCCCGACGCCCUAAACCCUCUCCGCGCUUACGUUUCCCUCCCCCAGGCCACCUUCGGCCGCAAAAGAUGGCAACUCCCAGAUGAACACCCUCAUUAUUCGGCGUCGACAGCUAACGAACUGCGACAGGAUCGAUACCCUCCUGUUGACUCCGAGAAGCUGAAGGCGGCGAUAGCAGGGUACUCGCAGAUUGGGAAGGCAUUUGUGAUUGCAACGACAAUGGUCUUCGGAGGUGCAGCAGUCUUAUUUCUCUACACGGCUCGUAAGCUACAACUGCAUAGUACUGAUGAUAUCAGAACUAAAGGGAGAGAUGUAAUCCAGCCUGGAGCUGAUGUAUUGAGGGAGCAAAUGAUUCCGCUACGGACUUGGGCUGAGAAAAUGUCGAGGAAGUGGCAUUUUCAACAGGGGAAAGAAGCUAAAGAGAGGACUAUUGUCAAGGAACUUUCAAAAGCAUUUGGUGCUAGGACAUCCAACUGAUACAUCAUUGUGAUGUGCCACAAGCCUAUAUUGUUAGGUACUGCGCUUGUUGUGUGGUAAAGUAAAAUAUUUCCGAGUAAGUCUCCUGUUCUUUCGAAAGUAUAAAGACCUCCGUGCUUGUAAAUUGUUUUCGAUAAUAGGACAUCCGAUUCGACGAUCAACUCCGUUAAGUAUAAUCUACUAUAUUGGAACUAUCUAGAAACCAAAUUUUAUA